CCCACCUGCACUUCGACUCUACACCCUUGGCAGCCCAGCCUGAUCAUGUCGAAAGUAUCUGCACCCGAUGCGGUGCGGCCCGCAGACGACGUCUCUCGCCCCCCGCAUGACCUGGAUAUCGAAAAGAGGGGUGGUGGGGCUGUCCACGAGAUGGCCAGCGACACAGAAACCAAGUCCGUGGAGUCGGAUAACUUCCAAAAUGGCGUGCAACGUGUCCGCGCCAUCACCGAGAUUUGGAGCAAGAAAACACUCGUUACCAUGUUCACCUUCUUGUAUCUCAUCGAAUUCGUUGCUUUCCUGCAAAAUGGCAUCGACGCGGCGCUCAACCCUUUCAUCACCUCGGCCUUUGGCAGACACGGACUGUUGACCGUCUCCAGUGUCAUGGCAACUGCGCUGAGUGGCUGUGUCCCCCUCCUUAUCGCCAAAGUGAUUGAUGUUUUUGGCCGUGUAGAGGGUUUCUUCGUCAUGCUGGUUCUCGUCGUCGUCGGCAUGGCCAUGAAGGCCGCGUGUCAAAACGUGCAGACAUACAUGGCCGGCCACGUUCUGUACUGGGCCGGCCACAUUGGCGUGCUGUAUGUUGCCAACAUCAUGGCCGCCGAUAUGACCACCCUCAAGAACCGAAUGAUCAUCCUCACGCUCUACGGAACACCCCGUGUCGCUAGCACGUUUGCCGGUCCCAAGAUCGCAGACCUUUUCUACACCCAGAACGACUGGCGCUGGGCUUUUGGCGCCUUCAUCAUCAUCUUUGUUGGUUGCUGUCUUCCGGCCAUUGUUGUCAUGAUCUUCAUGUACCGCAAGGCCAAGAACGCCGGGUUGGUCAAGAAGCAAGAGUCGAAUCGCAACGUUUUUCAAUCGCUAUGGUACUACUUUGUGCAGUUUGACAUCUUUGGCAUUAUACUCAUCAUGUGCGCGUGGUGUUUGUUUGUCUUGCCUUUUACCCUCGUGUCCUACGCCCCGAAUGGCUGGAAAACACCAUACAUUAUCGCUUGCAUCGUGCUCGGGCUCGUCCUCUUCCCAGUCUUUUACCUCUGGGAAGCCAGGUUCGCUCCUGUCCAGUUCCUGCCCUGGGUGUACCUCAAGAACAGCACUAUUGUCGGCUCGUGUCUUCUCUACGGAGUCAUGUUCCUGUCGGUGUUUUGCUGGAACGGUUACUUCUACUCGUACUUGAUUGUCGUUCACAGGCAAAGCAUUACGCACGCUGGAUACAUUCUCAAUGCCUUUGUGCUUACCUCGUCCGUUCUCGAUCCAAUCGUUGCAUGGUGGAUCAGGUAUUCUGGCAACUUCAAGUGGACCGCGUAUGCUGGUGUACCGAUUGUGCUGCUUGGUACUGCUCUUCUGAUCCCUUUCCGGAGCCCGUCCACCAACCCCGGUGUCCUUGCCUUUACCCAAGUGCUUGUUGGUCUCGGUACGGGAAUCUUCACUACUUGCGCCCAACUCGCUGUCAUGGCGCCUGUUACACAUCAAGAAGUGGCCGUCGUCAACGCAAUCUACGGUCUUUUUGGAAGUUUUGGCUCAUCCAUUGGUUUCGCCAUUGCUGGUGCCAUGUGGAACAACAUUCUUCCCGAGCAACUGCUCAUGCGUCUUCCCGAGUCCAGAAAAGCAGAUUACCGCACCAUCUUUGGCGAUAUCGAGGUUCAAAAGUCGUUUUUGGACGGCACACCAGAGCGCGAUGCCGUUGUUGGUGCAUAUGGUAAUGUGCAACGCAAGAUGGUCAUUACCGGCGCUUGCUUUGUGCCGCUCUGCCUCGCAUGUAUCUUUAUUUGGAAGAACAUUAACGUCAAGAAGCUGGAGGAGGAGAAGGGCAAGCAGACCAAGGGUAAUGUUUUCUAGGCAUCUAGUCAUGCAUGGAGGUCGUUUUUACAAAUGAACUGGCACUUUUGUCAUGAUUUGGAAAUCCUCAUUGCACUUGCAUCUUGUUAUGUACUACAGUCACUUCAUAUGAAUUUAAUCAUCAUCC